UAUUUUUAUUUUAAUUUUUUGUUUUGUUCCUUUUUUUCCCUUCCAUUUGAUUUCGUUGUUUAUCAGUUUAUCUGGUAGACUUCGGAAGAGUGUUUUUGGUGAUUUUGACCAACUUGUCACCACCUCUUCCAUCUGAAAGUCUACACCGAGCUACCGGGUCUCCAGCCGGGCAGUAGCUCACUAUGCUGCAGGCUCUCUCAGCCAUGCAUGCUGAGGAGGAGACCCGCGUCGGGAAUUAUCGGUUCCUGACGACCAUCGGAAAGGGUGGCUUCUCUCAAGUCAAACUGGCACGGCACCUGCCCACCAGCCGUGAGGUCGCUGUGAAAAUCAUGCGGAAAAGCAAGGCCGACUCCACCAGCCUCCGCUUGCUUUCACGAGAAGUAAGCAUCUUAAAGACACUGAGACACCCGAAUGUCAUCCAGCUCUUUGAGGUCAUCGAGCAUGACGAGUCGCUGUACCUCUGCAUGGAGUACGCCAAAGGAGGAGACCUCUUUGACUACCUAGAGGACCAAGGCCCUCUGGGAGAGCGGGAAGCCAGAGCCAAAUUUAGGCAAAUGUUAUCGGCCAUAUAUUACUGCCACAGAAAAGGCAUUGCCCACCGGGACCUAAAACCCGAAAACUUGCUCCUGGAUGCCAGCGGGAACAUAAAAGUAGCCGAUUUUGGGCUAAGCAGCCCCUUCAGCAGCGGCCAGAUGCUGGCAACCUUGUGCGGCAGCAUCCCUUACGUUGCCCCUGAAAUACUGCUGGGAAGGAACUAUGACGGCCCCGCCACGGACGUGUGGAGCUUGGGGGUGAUACUCUACACUAUGGUGAGCGGGGAUGAGCCCUUUGAUGCCAACAGCUUCCGUGACCUGCGGGAUAAGGUACUGACUUGGCAGUUCUGUGUCCCCUCAUACCUUUCUGUGGACUGUGCAAUCCUCAUAAAAAAAUGUCUUAUGGUAGAUGCCAGUAAGAGAGCCACCCUCCAGAACCUAAUCACUGACCGUUGGGUAAAUUUGGGCUAUAAAGAAGCAUUAACGCCCUAUGUGGAGCCCCUCCCAGAUUGCGAAGAUGUGCGGCGCACUGCACGGCUGCUGUCAUUGGGGUACAGUACCGAAAAAAUCAGGGAAUCCCUAAGCAAAGAACAGUAUGACGAGAUCAUGGGCACAUAUCUGCUAUUGGGCAGUCAGGGGCAGGAGGACUCUGCCAUCCCCCUGCAGCCCCAGCCCUCACCUGUUCAGAAGUGCAGUCGCUCUCCAUCCCCCAACCACGAGGAACAUCAGGGUGUGUCUGCUGAGCACAUGCAGCACAGAUACAGUGAGCCCGUGAUCCUCCCCUCAUACUCCUUCCUGAAAAAUGGACAGGAGGACAUGCAGUUCGAGUCCAGGAGGAAGGCCUGGAGCACAGCCAAUAUUCCUGCCAGCCCCCUUCCAGGCCAGGACGGGGGGAAGCCCACCACUGUCUCCCCCAGAAGCGGUCAGCCAUGCGCUCUCCGUCCUGUAGAGAGGAUCAGGCUGGAGCAGGCCGUCAUUCAUGAGGUCAGUGAAAGACCAAAGGUAGCAGAGGCAGGAGCCUUCAGAACCACUGCUGCAUCCGUGGAAGGCCUGUUCCCGCUCCCCCUGCCCCAGGAACCCCUGAUGGACACGGUGCAGCCCAGCCCGGCAUCAGGGCUCAGCCCCAGGGAGAAUCCCUCGGAAGGGCCCCAGCCCAGCACAGGCCCCCAGCUCGGCCCUGUGGCCUCACCCUCUGCCCACAGCAGCUGCAGUGGGGAGGGCCACCCUGAAAGGACCAGUUCCCCCCGAGGUGUUCCCUGGGGAAACUCUGUUUCUGUGGGGCAGCGCCACUUAGUGUGGUGGCGAGGGCCAGUGGCCCUCAUCUUGUCUCUCACGUUGUCUCCCGGGAGCCUGUUAAAGCAGAAGCUCCUUAGUGAGUUGGUGGCAGUGUUUCUGAAGGCUCUGGAGCCACUGCUGAUCUCCCACAACAUCUCUGGCUUCCAUGGGCUCGUGAUCUUCAUCCUCAAUGCCCUUCCUUGUGAGUAUUAUGGGGCCAUCCAGAGUCUCCGAUGCGGUGUUGUGAGCUCUGCUGCCACCUGUCUCAGUUUCCUGGUGCUGGCUCUGAGGAAGGUCAAGCUGCUGGGAACGUGA